AGAUAGAGAGAUAACUGCCUGCGUUGAGUCAAUCAGUUUCCGAAAAAGGGCGUCCUUCUCUCUGCUUUCUCAUGUUUGUCCCUCCGGAGGAAGGGGCGGUCUGAGCGCCAGAGCAGAUCGGGAAUUAGACCGCGUUCGCUCGGCUCGGCUCUGCUCGCUCGGUCGCUCGGUCGGUCGGUCGGUCGGUUGGUGGGCUCCGCGGCGGUUUGGUUCCAGCCGACAGACAAGUAGCGGGAGCUUAAAAACAUUAAAGAAAAAAAAAAAAAAGAGAGAGAAGAAGAGAGAAGAAGAGAGAAGAAAGAAGGAGGUUGGACUGAAAGUGUCAACCGAGGGAGGGACGGCAAACCGGAGCAGAAAAGAGGAAUAAAAAAAGAAGAAGAAGAAGAAGAAAGACAAGUAGAGGGAGGAGAAGAAGGGAAAGAUGCCCCUGGCUCAGUUGGCAGAUCCCUGGCAGAAGAUGCCGCUGGGGGGGACGGCGGGAGAGGAUGCUCAUCACGAUCCUGAGGACUCGGUGGGCGAGGACGACUCGAUCCCUGCCUGCACUGAUGACGUGCCAAUUAAGGAGAUCAGUAUCACUCACCAUGUGAAGGAGGGAUCAGAGAAGGCCGACCCGCGACAGUUCGAGCUGCGCAAAGUCCUGGGGCAAGGCUCCUUUGGCAAGGUGUUUCUGGUGAGGAAGAUCACAGGACCAGACGCCGGUCAGCUGUACGCCAUGAAGGUCCUGAAGAAAGCCACGCUCAAAGUGCGUGACCGGGUCAGGACAAAGAUGGAGAGAGACAUUCUGGUGGAGGUCAACCAUCCCUUCAUCGUCAAACUGCACUAUGCGUUUCAGACGGAGGGGAAGCUCUACUUGAUCUUGGAUUUUCUCAGAGGAGGAGAUCUCUUCACUCGUCUGUCUAAGGAGGUAAUGUUCACAGAGGAGGAUGUGAAGUUUUACCUGGCUGAACUCGCUCUGGCACUCGAUCACCUUCAUGGCCUCGGCAUCAUUUACAGAGACCUCAAGCCUGAGAACAUCCUGCUCGAUGAGGAUGGACAUAUCAAGCUGACCGACUUUGGCCUCAGCAAGGAGUCAAUAGACCACGAGAACAAAGCCUACUCCUUCUGUGGGACGGUGGAGUACAUGGCUCCCGAGGUGGUGAACAGGCGAGGACACACGCACAGCGCUGACUGGUGGUCGUACGGCGUGCUCAUGUUUGAGAUGCUGACGGGAACGCUGCCGUUUCAAGGCAAAGACCGGAAAGAGACGAUGACCAUGAUCCUCAAGGCCAAGUUGGGAAUGCCACAGUUUUUGAGUUCGGAAGCUCAGAGUCUCCUCAGGAACCUUUUUAAACGCAACCCUGCCAACAGAUUAGGAGCUGGACCAGAUGGAGUAGAGGAGAUCAAGAGGCAUCAGUUCUUCAACACCAUCGACUGGAAUAAACUGUACCGCAGAGAGAUCUAUCCUCCUUUCAAACCAGCUGCAGGACGACCCGACGACACUUUCUAUUUUGAUCCAGAGUUCACAGCUAAAACACCCAGAGACUCUCCGGGGGUUCCCCCCAGUGCCAACGCCCAUCAGCUGUUCAGAGGAUUCAGUUUUGUGGCCAUAACAGAGGAGGAAACACAACCACUACCCCAUGCUAUUGUACAGCAACUUCACCGUAGCACGUCCCAGUUCGCGGACGCCUACGAGAUCAAAGAGGACAUCGGCGUCGGCUCGUACUCCAUCUGCAAACGCUGCAUACACAAAGGAACCGGCAUGGAGUACGCGGUCAAGAUCAUCAACAAGGCCAAGAGAGACCCGACGGAGGAGGUGGAGAUCCUGCUGAGAUACGGACAGCACCCCAACAUCAUCACCCUCAAGGACGUGUAUGACGACGGCCGGUCGGUGUUCCUGGUGACGGAGCUGAUGAAAGGAGGCGAGCUGCUGGACAAGAUCCUCCGGCAGAAGUUCUUCUCGGAGAGAGAGGCCAGCGCUGUUCUCUACACCAUCACCAAGACUGUGGAGUACCUGCACGUACAGGGGGUGGUGCACAGAGACCUGAAGCCCAGCAACAUCCUCUACGUGGACGAGAGCGGGAACGCCGAGUCCAUCAGGAUCUGUGACUUUGGUUUCGCCAAACAGCUGAGGGCGGAGAACGGCCUGCUCAUGACGCCGUGUUACACCGCCAACUUUGUCGCGCCAGAGGUCUUGAAGAAGCAGGGUUACGAUGCAGCCUGUGACAUCUGGAGUCUCGGAGUCCUGCUCUACACGAUGCUAACAGGCUUCACUCCGUUUGCUAACGGUCCGGAGGACACGCCGGAGGAGAUUUUGGCUCGUAUCGGCAGCGGAAAGUUCUCACUCAGCGGAGGAUACUGGACCUCCGUUUCCGCCGAGGCUAAGGAUCUGGUGUCUAAGAUGCUGCACGUCGACCCCCACCAGCGGCUGACGGCAGGUCAGGUCCUCAGGCACCCCUGGGUGACGCACAGGGACCAGCUGCCGAAGUACACCCUCAACAGGCAGGACGCGCCACACCUCGUCAAGGGUGCGAUGGCGGCCACCUACUCAGCCCUGAACAGGAACGUCCCUCCGGUCCUGGAGCCGGUGGGCUGCUCCACUCUGGCCCAGCGGAGGGGGGUGAAAAAGAUCACCUCUACCGCUCUGUGACCUUUAACCCCCUCCUCGACCCCCCCCUCCCCAAAAAAAAAAAAAAAAAACCAUCUUCCCAUCAACUCUGACCUCGAUCUGACCUCCGGCGGGACAGACUACUGAUGGACCUGGGAACCGCUGACGCCAAACAGGAGCACAGAGACCGCCGCUUAACCCCUGGCCCUCCCCUCCCUGUCCUGUCCUCUGUCCCUGCACCUUAAUGGACUCUUCUGAUUGGAUCUCUUCUGCUGUCUUACUGUAAAGUCUCAGCUUCGGCGUCACUGAGCUGUAACGGCAACCCGUCGACCCGUUUUGCUUUGGACAAUCGGUGCCGCCUCGCCGGAGAACGACAGUACUGUAUUUAUUUCCUUCAAAACUGGGGGGAACUGAACAUAGGAACAUGCUCGUCUGACGUAUGCAUUUAAAGAGCUAGGAUCAUUGUUGUUAUACUGGCGUCACGGUUUCUGCGUAGCUGCGGAUCCUGCAUUUGAACCUCAAGUAGCCUCUGAGAUGACGCCGCCUACAGGAAAAGGACGGAGGGCGUGAAUCGGUGCAGGAGGCAGGUCAGCGUUCACCCCACUGAGCGGAGCAGCCUCGGCUCUGAAAUGUCACCGCGCGCAUUUCGACCUAGGAAAGAGGGAACCUGAGAGCAGGAGCAUCCGGCCUUACCGGAUGUUUUGGGGAUAGAGAAAAGUCUCUCAGGAGCCCGAUUUUGUUUGGAAAAUUAAUUUCCCUACGCGUCAGGCACAGUCAGAGGCUUCCGGCGUCCAGUAUCUUACCUUUAAAGGCGCAGAACACCAUGAGGAAAAUCAAAAUUGGUUCAUUUUAGCCAUUGGACAGUCCAACAUUGGGCUUGUGAAUUUAGCAGCCUCUGUCAAAAACUUCAAGUCAAGCUUUCAUCUGACUUCUCUUGACGUGAAUCUGUUCGAGGUGAAGUGAUAAUUGGCAGCCAGUUUUUUAACCAGCACUUUUUAUUUCUUCUUUUUUUUUUCCUCGUCACAGGUUCGACACAAACUUACAGGAUAAAUCUUGCGAUGUUUUGAUAUUUUUCUGAUUGUCAACGGCUCCCAUGAAAAGACCGAAACCAACAAAUGUGCUGGUCUGUCUCUCACAGUUUCAUCUUUUAAAAAGACUCAGUAAUUUUCCUAAAACAGCUGCUCACUGUGAGUUUUUAGUCAAACAAACGGGAGGAAAUGGUGCGUUUGCUGGGGACUUCUUUCAGCAGAGGAUGCACACACAGCGCCUGAUUGUUGGACACAGUCAUUGUUGGUUUGGCUCUGCACAGGGGGUUUGUUGACCAGUGGAAAAAUAUUAUCCUUUAAACAGCCUUGUGGCUGUAUAGAGUCCUUAGACUCCAAAUGUUUUCCAUCAUCUUCAUUCUCCUCGAAUCAAGUCAGAAAAUCACAAUCUGAGCCCAUAAAUGAACAGGAACAAGCAGAUCCUGCCUUUUUUUUUUUUAAACCAUCACUUUAGAGCCCCCCCUGGUGCCCACGGGAGUGUUGAAUUUUAUUUUAUUUUUUAAUUUAUUUUAUGCACUUCACUAAAGUUAUGCAAAGCGAUGGCAGCGACCUGUGGAAAAACAAAGUCAAGUUUUACCGCGUGCUACACGGAUUUACCUCCAGUGUCUACACCCGGGAGCGGGAAUGACUCCAAGCCCUGACACGGAGAAUCUAAAGGAUGUUGUCAAGGGAACGUGGUUACCCAACGUGCUGCGUGAAGACAAAACGUUGGAUCAUUAAUUAAAAAAAAAUAAAUUAAAUACCAUUUUUUUUUUAAAAGAGACGAGCUUCCUGCUUCCGCCGCCAGUCGCUGGCGUGAGACGACUCGAGAACCCGGAUGACCUUCUGCACGAGCCGCCUGAUCAUCUCUGUGUGUGUG